UUCUCUAGCUUGUUCUAAAAUAUGCAAUAUUUAUCGUAUUAAUAUUGGUUUUGGAGUUCUCCAAAGUGGCGCUGUCGGUCGUACUUAUACAUAGCGUAUACGAAUACAAUAAUUUACGUUAUUAUAUUGUUUAUCAAAGUUUCACGACUCUCUGAAGUAUUUUAUUUGCGUUCAAUUCUGUACAUAAUUAAUCGCUUUGUAAUAAUUACAGAGUUCAGAAUACAUCAACACAAAAUUAAAAUCUAAUCGGGUAAAAUGGAAGUAUUGAAGGAGUGUUCGGCUUAUCUUAGUAAUUAUGAAGUAUUAGAUAUCCUUCAGAGUAUAAAGUCAAAUAAAAAACAAAAAGCACUGAAUCAGUUGGCAACCAUCACGUAUCAGACAAUCAGAUAUUUGGAAGAUACUCCUUGCAAAAAGCAAAGUCCAGAAAAAAUUAAUUCAUUUCUCCAAGCAUUAGAACCAUUCAAAUUAACAAAGUGUGAAAAGUUGACUUUGUUAAAUCAGUGUCCAAAGAAUGCACUUGAAUUGCAAUUGAUAAUUGAGGACAGUGAAGAUCGAUUGACCGAAGAACAGUUUGAAGCUUUACUAAAAGUUAUUGCAGAACAUUUGGACGAGGAAGAGCAAAGUGCUGACUGAGGAGUAUACCUUUUGAAAAAAACGUUACACUUUUACCUCGUUUUUAUAUACAUUUGUUUAUAAUAAACAUCCAUCAGUACAAUAUUGUUUUAAAUA